AGGCGCUUCACGGUGGCGGCGGAAGCGGAGAGCGACAGCGUCCCGAUUGAAGUGGUGCCAUGCAGCAAGAAGCAGAGAGAUGUAGAGUUCGAACCAAAAGGCCUGACAUGGCACUUUAUGUGCCUAAAGCUCGAAGGGGGACAGCUCUCCUCAAGUCAAGUGAGCAGGAGGAAGGCCAUGGGCCUCCUGCCUUUGUGCCUAAAGAUCAAAAAGAAGGUUGUCUUCCGCAGAAGAUCUCUGCAAGUAAACCCGAGUCCCAAAGACAGGGAGGUGCAGGACAUUCCGGUAGGAAGGAUGUUAACUAUAGGGAAGGAACGAGAUCUGCAUCACAAGUAAGGAAAGACAGGUGCCCACAAAAACAGAAUAAAGAGAAGGCUUGUUCUAAGAAAGGAGCUGAAGACUCCACAGAAGCCUCCUCCCAAGAACAUCAACACAGAGCUCCCGACGCUGGGAUUGUAUCUAGUGUACCUUUACAAAGACUUUUUAAACCAAAGAUGGGCUGUUGGGAAGUUCAGACUGCAGGAGCAACAGGACACUGGGGGGCGUCUCCAUCUCAGUCUUCUGCAGAAGUCAGUGCUGCUCAGGUUCCAAGCAGACCAUUCCAGAAUGUAGAACUCUGUGAUUUCAGUGGGGAAACUUUUGUAAAUAGAAAUUUGGAAAGCAGCAUUGUAACUGAGGCCAAAGUUCCAGAGCUAGGCUCCCAAUUUCCUCAAGUUGUUACCACUCUGCUGAAACCAGAUGGUAUGACUAUGCCAGUAACACUAAGUUCUGAUUCUGAAGCUGCACCAACCAGUCUGGAAACACCAGAUGGAAUGUCAAAGCACAGUCCUGGGGACAUCUCUGCGGUUUCUGUUCCUGGAGGUCCAGAUGAAGCUGUUGAUUCAACUUUUGUAGACUUUGAAGUUGAGAGUGAGGGUACAGUCAACAGUACAGAGUCUGUCUUGGGUCAGAAAGGUGUAGAUUCCAUUCUUGAGACUGUGGAUAACGUUUCUCUUAAAAUGGCUGUAGUCGGCACAUUAGAGAGCCCAGAUGACACUAUUGAUCCAGCAGUGACUAGAGAAUGUGAGAGUGACAGCUCUGCUGAUGAGUUAUGUGUACAGUCUGAACCUUCCGAUACAGAGGUCCUCGAGCAUGAAAUAGACACAGAUGACGGGUUUAGGGAUAUAUGUGAUAGUACCAGCAAGGCAUGUAUGGUGGACAUUGCAGGUACAGUUUGGGACCCUGUAACUGAAGGCAGCUCUUGUACAGUUGCAGUUGGAGAAUCUGGUGAGAGUAGUGGCAACAUGAGAAAUUUCUCAGAUUAUAUAGAAAUGAGUGCAGAUGUAGCCCCACUUGAUAGAGCUAAGAGUGAGAACGACUCUGAAAACAUUAGCAGCCUAAGUGCUUGCUCAGAUAUUUAUGCUGAGAGUAUUGCAUCUGGUUUUACAGAGUCAACAGGAAAGUUGAUAGAAAGUGUGUCACAUGGUGCUUCCUCCUUACCCAUAAAGAAGACUGCUGACAGUAAUAUCACCACUUGUCUGGACUCUGAACUGAGUAUGUCAGAGAAUGCCUUGACUGAUCUGGAUACCACUGAGGAGAUGACAGAGGCCUUGCACGACCCAAAAACUGCUGAAGAGUUUAAAACAAAAGAGGAAGAUUACUCAGAGAGUGUAGUGUGUGGCAUAUCAUUUUCUGAUUCAUCUGUGGAAACAUCUGUAGAUCUAAAAACAACAGACACUUCUCACAUACAAGGAAGCAGUGCUGUGGAGGAAAGCUGGGAAUCUAUGUUUAAUGAUGAUGGUGAUUGCGUAGAUCCACGUCUUCUACAAGAGUUAUCUGGGAAUGUGAAGAACAGAAAAAGCAUCCAGGAGCCUAGAUUUGAUUAUUACAGUCAUGAACUUCCUGAUAUUGACCUCAGUGAAUGUGAAUUCCCACAUGUCAUUGAAAUUUAUGAUUUUCCUCAAGAAUUUCGUACAGAAGACCUUUUGCGGAUUUUCUGCAGUUACCAAAAGAAAGGAUUUGAUGUUAAGUGGGUAGAUGACACACACGCCUUAGGAGUCUUCUCCAGCCCAAUCACAGCUCGAGAUGCCCUGGGUACUAAACAUACCAUGGUGAAGAUCCGGCCCUUGUCACAGGCCACAAGAGCAGCCAAGGCCAAAGCUAGAGCGUGUGCUGAGUUUCUCCAGCCAGCAAAGGAACGACCUGAGACUUCAGCAGCCUUAGCCAGAAGGCUAGUCAUCAGUGCCCUUGGGGUUCGAAGCAAACAGAGCAAAACUGAACGGGAAGCAGAGCUCAGGAAACUGCAGGAAGCCCGAGAGAGAAAACGGUUGGAAGCCAAGCAACGGGAAGACAUCUGGGAAGGCAGAGACCAAUCUGUGGUUUGAAUGUCGGUUCCUGAAAGGAGUGAAUCCAUGAGUGGGAAGUGGUUGAUAUUCUUGAGACAAGAGGAUCUUUCCAGAGCUGUGCACAUGCAGAUGAGCAUGUUAAAGAAAACAUGAACAAAACAGACGACUUGGAGAACGAGGGUCCAGUCCUCACUCUUGAAUUCAGACCUGUCCACUGUGACAGAGAUGUUAAAAGGAACUGUCAUGUGGGAAGGAAAAUGGAAGUGGCUUCUAAGUGUCCUGGGUGGAGCAGGGCAUGUUCGUGUGGGUCAGGCCUCCAGGAAGUCUGAAGCAAAUGUUAAGCAAAACAGAGGAUUCAAGCGUGCAGUGAUAGGAGUCGCAGGUCCGUGCAGGGUGCUCCUUAGUACUUCUCAGAGUGGAGAACUGCAGGAUGAGGGGCAGCAGUAAGAUGGGGAGUGGAAACAGCUCACAGACAGGAGUGCCUGGUGCACUCGGCUCGUACAGAGACUACACUGCUGGCCCAGAACUCCAGAGCCCCUGAACUACGGCGCAUCGUGGGUGUUUGUUCCUGAGUGUGUACUAAGCUUGGGGCCUGGUACUUGGGGCCUUCACAGCAGCCGGGUCUGCUACCUUCCUUCCUCACAAGAACCAGCCCUAGGGAACUGAGUGCCGCUCCAGUUUAAUCAGUGAUAUCUUGUGAGAGGGAGACAUUAAAGGCUAUUUUAUAACAUAAA